UGAAAGUGGGAUCCACACUGAAAUCGGGCGGUCAGAUUUAAUCGAUGUUGAUCCACUUUCUAGGGCUGACCUUUCUUACCGCUCUUCUCUCUCUAAAAUACUAAACUCCAAAACUCGAUUCAGCUGGAGAUCCCGCCGUUUCACUCUCUCUCUCUCUUCGUCAUCGUCUUCUUCGUCUUACAGUGACGCGAAUUCGCAGGUGGCAGUCGUGUUAGACCGCCUUUAAACGCCGGAUAGAUCUAGCCGUAGAAUGGCUUACAUGUGCACUGAUAGUGGCAAUCUAAUGGCGAUAGCACAACAAGUCAUCAAACAGAAGCAGCAACAAGAGCAGCAACAGCAGCAGCAUCAAGAUCAUCAGCUUUUCGGGAUUAACCCUUUGUCUCUUAAUCCCUGGCCCAAUACGACCCACCAGUCCCUCGGUUUUGUGCUUCCCGGCUCAGCUUUUCCUGACCCGUUUCAGGUUUCUGGCGGCGGAGAUCCCGGCGACUCGGGGUUUCCGUUUCCCACCUUAGACCAUCACCAUCCGACCUCCGCCGCCGGUGGUGGUGGUGGGUUUAGGUUGUCUGAUUUCGACGGUGGAACUGGCGGUGAGUUUGAAUCCGACGAGUGGAUGGAGUCUCUGAUUGGCGGUGGAGACCCGGUGGCGGCUGACGGUCCUGAUUGUGGCACAUGGCAGAAUAAUCCCGAUUUCGUAAUCUACGGUCCUGAUCCUUUUGCGGCGGCUUACCCGAGUCGACUCAGUGUCCCGUGUUCUCAACCGUCAGAUCUCAACCAAGUCAUCGCUACGUCGAGUCCACUUCCUCGUCCGCCGGUUUCUUCCACCUUGUGGGCUCCGUCUUCUCCAUUAUCGAUUCCCCCGCCUCCGUCUUCAUCUCCGCCUCAUCAGACACUCAAAGGUCCAGAGACUAACGACUCCGAAGACGGUGGCUCGCCGGGCUUUGACCAAGAACCGCCUCUACUGAGAGCUAUCUACGACUGUGCACGGAUCUUAGAAUCUGAGUCGGACGUCGCUGCCGAGGCGCUUGUUCGGAUCCGAGACUCUGUAUCGGAGCUAGGUGAUCCGACGGAGAGACUGGGUUUUUACUUCACGGAAGCUCUCUGCGACAGACUGUCUCCUGAUUCCGUGCCCAAGGAAUCGCCGUCUGUUGAGGAAAUGAUCCUCUCUUACAAAACCCUAAACGACGCUUGCCCCUACUCCAAAUUCGCUCAUUUGACGGCGAAUCAGGCGAUCCUGGAAGCUACGGAGAAUUCCAAUAAGAUUCACAUCGUCGAUUUUGGAAUCGUUCAAGGCCUUCAAUGGCCUGCCCUUCUUCAAGCACUCGCAACACGUUCUUCUGGUAAACCCAUCCAAGUCCGGGUCUCCGGUAUACCGGCUCCUUCUCUCGGUGAAUCCCCGGAACCGUCACUAAUCGCCACCGGAAACCGCCUCCGUGAUUUCGCUAAGGUUCUGGAUCUGAAUUUCGAUUUCAUCCCAAUUCUCACUCCAAUCCACUCACUGAACGGGUCAACUUUCCGGGUCGACCCGGAUGAGGUACUGGCCGUGAAUUUCAUGCUUCAGCUCUACAAACUACUCGACGAGACGCCGACGAUCGUUGACACCGCACUACGGCUCGCCAGAUCGUUAAACCCGAUAGUCGUGACUCUCGGAGAGUACGAGGUGAGUCUAAACCGGGUGGCUUUCGCUAACCGGAUGAGAAACGCGCUCAAAUUCUACUCUGCGGUUUUCGAAUCCCUCGAACCGAAUUUGGGGAGAGAUUCGGAGGAGAGAGUGAGAGUGGAACGAGUACUGUUCGGUCGGAGGAUCUCGGGUUUGAUUGGACCGGAGAAAACCGGAAAUCAGAGGGAACGGAUGGAGGAGAAGGAACAAUGGCGGGUGUUAAUGGAGAGUGCUGGUUUUGAAUCGGUGAAGCUGAGCAAUUACGCAGUGAGCCAAGCGAAGAUACUGUUGUGGUAUUACAAUUACAGCGAUUUGUAUACAAUUGUUGAAUCUAUGCCAGGUUUCAUCUCCUUGGCCUGGAACGAUUUGCCUCUCCUCACUGUUUCUUCAUGGCGAUGACGAACCGAACCAGCCUUGGUAUUUUUUAGUUUUGUUUUGUUUCAACUGUUAUUUUUGUUUAGACAACAACAGAAUAUAUAUGCAAAUGUUAAUAUACCCCAUGGUUUGAUUUGAUGAUUAGUGUUUUGGUUUA